GACAGUGCGUGCAAAAGGCGACAGACGAAAGUUCUACCCACCCUUGCGACGCUAGCCACCACCAGUUGAGCCUCAAAUGCCCAGAAAUCCAGGUUCUCCUGAUAAGCUCUUUCCCGCACUUUUCCCGUCUCCGGUUUUUUUACUCCCGGAUACGAGUAUGUGCCGUUUCUGAGAAAGCAGUCAGCGGAAAGAAGGUUGUCAUGACAACUAAAGCUGUGACAGACGUUGGAGCCGUUGCCAUGCGCAGGGAAGCAAAUACAAGCAGGUCUCUGAUCUGUCGUCCACGAACCAUGACAGAAAGAAUACUGGUUUGUUUGCUAUUAGCUGUCUCUACACUGUGUACCAUUCUGGUGAUCCUUCUUUUCAGACCACAUAAUCCUCCCCUGCUGCGAGGUAGGCGUAAUGUUUUCGAUUGUAUAAUGGACAUUGAAAGCUGCCAGAAUACGUCUUGUUCUCAUGUGUGUCUCACAGAAACAUGCGUGAAAGCAGCUGCCGCUCUGCUGAAGAACAUGGAUUCUACUGUCUCACCUUGCGAUGACUUUUACCAGUUUGCCUGCGGAAGGUGGCCUCAGCACCAUGAACUUCCUAGUGACAGGUCCUACUACGACACCUUCUCUCUCAUGAAGGAUGAAUUGAAAACGAAGCUCAAAGAACUUUUAGAGGAACCAAUAUCUGAAGAAGACAGCAAUGCUACGAUAAGUGCAAAACAUCUAUAUGCUUCGUGUAUGAAUGAAACGGCCAUAGAACAGCUCAAAGAACAGCCACUUCUGGAACUAUUAGAAGAACUAGGCGGCUGGCCGGUAAUUAAUUCUAAUUGGUCGGAAGAAAAUUUUGACUGGGUAUAUCAGAUUGCCAGAUUAAGGCAGUAUAACAAUGACAUUCUUUUAGGACCAAUGGGUAGGACCAGACGGCAAAAAUUCGUUCUAUACACAUUAUUCAGAUAUAUCGUGGCUGCUCCAUUAGCAGUUUGCACCAAAGAGGAACAACGAACAGUGAUCCAAUUGCUCUAGUCGGGGUGUGUCAAAGGGUCAGACAUCCAUCGCAAUAUGGGAGAAGUGCAUUAUCACUAAAACUGUGUUUUUGAGGCUCGAGAUGUUUAAAAGUGGUCGAACAAGUGUAACGUAUGAACAGGGAACGAGACUGCCAUCAACCUCCACUACAGAUGACAACAUUUCAGCAAGGUCGAGAGAUGGUUAUGGCGAAUAGGCGAAUCACUAUCGAUGAGGUAGCAUCUGCUCUGAACACCAGUCAUGGCUCUGCCCAUCAAAGCAUCACUGGUCGUUGUUCCUUUUUAGUGUAAACUUCUAAUGGAGCAACCAUGAUAUAUCUGCAACAGAAGGAAGAAAAAUGAAGGAAUUAAGAUCAAACUUUCACAGCAUUACCACGACAGCAUAACAAUAAAGUAUGCGAAGCCAGAAGACAAAAUGCGCAAUGUAAGAAAGGUUAUGACAAAAGUGUAGAUAAUUUUUGACUUAAACUAAGUUCUAUUUAGAUUGCAGUACAUGAAUCAAAAUCUUCCUGUCUCUGUCUUUUAUAUAAAAUAUUGCACUAAUGAGUUUAUAUAAUAUAAAUAACAAUAUAUUCCAUGUCCACCAAAGUCCUUACCCAGCCUUUAUUUUCACAAAGGUUGUUCGUAGACAUAUACUUCCUGUCACAAAUAUCAAGUGACGCAUGUAUUUAUAUUGUUACGUUCUACGGGUUCGUGGAUAUGAAGUGAUUGAUGACAACACCUGAUGAAGGAUCAAAACACAACGUCAGUAUUAUACAGGAAGUUACAGUCGACGAAAAACUACAACUCGCUGACAUGAUCAGCAAAACAGCGUUCAGGCUAUCAGGCUGUAACUAAAGUACAGCUCCCGACUCGGUCGAUCGCUCUUCAUAUGUUCUUCUGGUUAUUAUACUUAUGCAGGAUUGUCAUGAAAAAAUUUCCUUGGGAUUCCUAGCGGCUUAUCCACUCAACCAAUCGAAAUGAAGUUUCAGAUAUAGCUAUUUAAAGGUAUGCGCUCCAGAUUGUGCUGAUUCAAAAUAAUAGAGCUCUUAUGGUUAUGGUUAGAGUGAAAAUACUUUAAAAUUUUCGAAUGGCAGCACCCACUUCUUUCUGCGCAAGCUGAUCAGCGCAUUGAAAAACCGUACGGCGUUUGAACGAUCCACGUAUGACGAAAACUUCUUCUUCGGCUCAUACCAUCCCAACGCUUACUUCUCCUAUGGAAAUGACUAAUAUUAUUAGAUAUUUCAAUAUCAAAAAAGCUCC